AUGUCAGGCGAAAGACAAGAUCAAGCGUCAACUUUCACUCCCAUCCAUCCGUUCGAGAUGGACGCACCUAAGACCUGGGGAGGUACCAUCGGAAUGAUGAAUUGGGACAACGAUAAGAUCGUUUUCUCCAAAAGAUCAUUACUCGAAUUCCUCAAAUCAGCAGGGGUGACGGUCAAUCAAAAUUUCUCUGAAAUUCAAAAAUUACCUAAAUAUGCGACUUUCGGUAGAUUCAGUAAAGCUGCUACGGACGCUGCUGUUGCGGAUCUCGUCGAGGCAGAGAUAGGUGACCCCACCACCGAAGCCUCUUCCCUCCCUUCCAACCGGACUACCGUCCCUCGACCUUCCCGUAAAGUCCGAGACCCACCAGGGGGUAAACAGUCCAUCCAGCUCUUCGGCGAAGAGUACGAAGAGGAAGAUGCACUUUCCCUCGCUCCUCCCCGAGACGGUGGGGAUGGGGUAGAUGUAGAAGUGGAACGAUUAGAGAAAUUGAGAGUUCACGCUGAACCUGUUAGAGAUGGUGGGGCUCAUAUCGAAGAGGAAGAAAAUAGGACGGAAAGAGUGUCCAAUCCUGCUCAUGGGUUCAGACCUACCAGAAAGGUUAGAGAGGGCCCUGGAGGUGCUUCUUCAAUGGGUGCAGCUCUCUUUGGCGGAUACGAAGAUGAGACAGAAGCCGAUCGAGCAUCCUCUCGUGCCUCUCAAGGAGGGAAGAAACAAGCGGCUCAAGGGAACUCUGGUAAUCUCUGGUAA